CGGAGGGGUGGAGAGGGUGGUAGGGGUAGGCUCAGGCUCCCGUCUGUGCGGUGUCUGCCGGCCCCGGUCACGGAAGGGUUAAGCGCUGCGCGGCGGGCGAGCGGGUCCCGGUACAUAGAAUAGCCCCGUCCCAGAGUGAUGUAAUGUGUGUAGUGCCCACAGGGGGUUGUGAUGUGACCCCCUCCCUCCUUCACCACCACACUAACAUGUAUAAGAGGUGGCACCGCGCAGCCUCCGGUCAAUCGGGCUCCGAAUCCGGGUCCGGGACGGCGGCCGCGCGCUCCCGCCAAACGCUGCGCGCCCCCAGGUGACGAGAUGAUGCCGAUGCUCGAAGCCAUGGAGGUCCCGAACCACGCCAAACAACUCCUCCUGCAACUGAACCGGCAGCGGACGAAGGGCUUCCUGUGCGAUGUGAUUAUCGUGGUGCAGAACGCGCUGUUCCGGGCCCACAAGAACAUCCUGGCGGCCAGCAGCGUUUACCUGAAGUCGCUGGUGGUGCACGACAACCUGGUGAACCUGGACCCGGAGAUGGUGAGUCCCGGCACCUUCCGCACCAUCCUGGAUUACAUCUACACCGGCCGCCUCAGCGAGUACGAGCCGAGCAGCGAGCAGAGCCUGGGGGCGGUCCUGGCCGCCGCCAGCUACCUGCAGCUUCCCGACCUGGUCGCCCUCUGCAAGAAGAGACUCAAACGCAACGGCAGCUACGUGCACAUCCGCACCGGCUUCUCGUCCUACGGCAAACUGGCGCGGGGUCUGCGCGCCGCCACCCCCGUUAUCCAGUCCUGCUACUCGGCCACCCCGCGGCUGCUCGACAGCCAGCCCCUGCACACCUUGAACACGAACUCGGGGGAGCUGUACGCCCCGCCUUCUCAGGGUAACCGGCUCCAGGGCCUGGCGCUCCCGGACCAGGCCACCUCGCAGCUGCUCGGCCUCGACCUGUCUAAGAGGAGCCCGCAGGACGACGCGCACUCCGGAGACUCCCGGCAGACCAGCCCGCCGGCGGGGGGGCCCCUGCUCGCCAACGGCGCCCCGGGCAAGGAGCAGGCGGUGGGCGCCGUGCACCCGAUGGAGACGGACGAGGUGCUGGGCCCGGAGGGCGGCCUCUUCAGGGGCGAAGGCAAGGGCGCGGACGAGGUGUCGCGCUGGUUCAAGCAGGAGCCGCUGCCGCCGUUCGCGGACGAGUGCGAGCGGGAGAAGGCGGCGAGGGGCGAGCGGCAGGAGCGCAAGGGGGAGGCGGCAGGGGGGCCGGGACCGCCGCCGCCGCCCGCCCGCUACCCCGGGCUCGGCUGCGACGAGGCGGAGGACGAGAAGAGCAGCAGUGAGGACACGAGCAGCGACGAGCCGUGCGGCUCCGGGGCCGCCGAGCGCUUCCAGUGCGCGCACCUGGGCUACGAGCCCGAGCACUUUGGCGACAACCUGUACGUGUGCAUCCCGUGCGGGAAGGGCUUCCCCAGCUCCGAGCAGCUGAACGCACACGUGGAGAGCCACACCGAGGACGACCUCUUCCACAAGGAGGUGGCCGAGCCCGCCGCGCCCUUCGCCGACAAGCCGGGCGCCGCGCUCGGCGACCUGGUGCGGCCCUACCGCUGCUCCAGCUGCGACAAGUCCUACAAGGACCCGGCCACGCUGCGCCAACACGAGAAGUCGCACUGGCUGACCCGACCCUACCCCUGCAACAUCUGUGGCAAGAAGUUCACGCAGCGCGGCACCAUGACCCGCCACAUGCGCAGCCACCUGGGGCUGAAGCCAUUCGCCUGCGAGGCGUGCGGGAUGCGCUUCACCCGCCAGUACCGGCUCACCGAGCACAUGCGCAUCCACUCGGGCGAGAAGCCGUACGAGUGCCAGAUCUGCGGCGGCAAGUUCGCCCAGCAGCGCAACCUCAUCAGCCACAUGAAGAUGCACACGGCCGACUGCAAGCCCAAGCUGGACUUCGGCGACAGCGUGUACCCGCUGGCCAAGUUCGCCGCCACGCACCUGGCCAUCCACCAGGACAAGGCGGCCGAAAUCCUGAGCCAGUCGGCGCAGCUGGCGCCCGACUCCUUCCCUGCGCCCUAGGCCGCUACCCCACCCAGCCACCCCACCUGUGCCAAGGCCCAUCCCGGAGAGCCGGGGCCAGCCGCCUACUCCCGCCCGCUCCACGCGGAGGGAGGGGGCGGCGGGAGAACUGUGAGGCUCCGGGGUCACCUCACCCCCUCCCGGGCCACGUUUGCCUUAAGGUUUGAACUGUAGAACGUGAGAGCCGAAACCUGAUGAUGUGAGCGCACGGAGCCGGGGGCCUGGGGGACGAGGAGAGGUCCCUCACUACCUCCUCCAGCCAGCCCCCUCCCGACACAGCACCUCAACCCUCACCACUGAGCCUCCUGCGCUCUGCCAAGCCGGGAGUUUGUGUAAUCGCUUUCACCAGUUAUAUUCCUAAAUGUUUCUGAAGAUGUCCCUGAAACUUCUGAACUUUAUCCUGCGACAGAACCACUAAAUCCCAGCGCCGCUCCUCAGCCGCCGCCCUGCUCCACGCCAGCCCCGCUGUGCAGAGGCCAGUGCCCCGGACACAGCUCCGGGCAGUGCCGCGUUUUCAGUGCGCACACAGACACCACACCGACAGCUUUCUCUAACUUCUCAACACUGUGACACCACCAGCCCGGGUAACCUCCGCCGGUACCGGCUGCACGGCCGUGCCUCGGUGUGAGUUUGAAGACUCACCCUAAAGUGUAGCUGCUCUCCCUCAGACACACUUCCCGGCCAGUUCAGCUAAACUUGCGGAUGCAUCCGAAGUCUCACGGCGAGUGGCAAGGAUUUUGGAGAUGACAGCGCGAAGCGGGGAAGAAGUUGGGUCCUACAAAUAACCAUGGGAUAAAGUUGGAAAUUCCAGGUCGGUUAUUAAGUCACUUAUUAAAUGCAGUAUUUUAGCAUGAGAUGCAACUUGCCAGUAUGGUUACUUCUGUGUUUUUUUUUGCAGGGAUUUGUAAAGAUUUCCUAUUUUGUAUGUCCGAUUGGAUCUGGGUGGGAAUGCAUGUCCAAUCUGAGCACUGUGCCGUGUGUUAGACACACGCUCUGUAAAUGAAAUUGUAACCAAAGUCAGUCUGCAGACACCUCCCAAAUAUUUUUUUUAAAAAAACAGAUUUUAAAAAGCCAAAAUACAAUUCACAACGUUGCAAUACAAAAAAACAGUAUUUUUAUAAAUGUUUUUGCAUUAAAAUGAGUGUAUUUAUUGCAUGUAUUUGUACUGUUUAUUUUAAACCAGUCUGUAUAAAAUGCUUCGAUGGGAUAAUGUUUCUAUAAUUGUAUUUUUGUAAAUCAGCGAACCAAAAAUUUUCACCGUGAAACUGGUUUCUAUAAAACACCAAGUAUCAAUUAAAACGUUACAGACGUGG